AUGAGCGAUGAUGUCGAAAAGCACCCAUCCACGAUCGACGACGCGUCAAUGCACACAAUCACAGCAACAUCAUUACAGAAUCCGAUUUACGAUGCGCGACCACAAACCUCAUAUUCCGACACGGGAUUCUCACGUCCAUAUUCACAACCCAUUGAUGCCAACAACAAUCUCAGCAAUGCCAUCACAGAUCCGAUGCAGCACGGCGCUGGAUUAAGUAGGCCGCCAUCUACGCAGAGCGCCGGACAAUAUGACGCGAAUGGGCAGCGACAACAGGGCCAGAAAAAUGCGUCUGUGGUAAUCAAGGUUGGAAUGGUUGGCGAUGCUCAGAUCGGCAAGACGAGUCUUAUGGUGAAAUAUGUUGAGGGUAGCUGGGAUGAGGAUUAUAUCCAGACAUUAGGUGUCAAUUUCAUGGAAAAGACGAUUAGCAUUCGCAACACAGAGAUUACAUUCUCCAUCUGGGAUCUGGGCGGACAGAGGGAAUUCGUCAAUAUGCUUCCUCUAGUGUGCAACGACGCCGUCGCGAUCCUAUUCAUGUUCGAUCUGACACGGAAAUCGACGCUGAACAGUAUCAAGGAGUGGUACCGGCAAGGUCGAGGAUUCAACAAGACAGCAAUACCGUUUCUCGUCGGCACGAAAUACGACCACUUUGUCAAUUUUCCACGUGAAGAGCAGGAGGAGAUAUCGUUACAGGCCAAGCGGUUUGCGAAAGCGAUGAAGGCAAGCUUGAUCUUUUCAAGUACAAGCCACAGCAUCAAUGUGCAAAAGAUUUUCAAAAUCGUCCUUUCAAAAGCAUUCGACCUGCGCUGCACAAUCCCCGAGAUCGAGAACGUCGGAGAACCCCUUUUGCUCUACCAGUCCGUUGGAUGA